AUGAAACAAGUUACAUUUUCAUCCCUGGACGAUGCUUCACAAUAUUUGGCUGACUACAUCAUUCACAAGAUCAAGAGUUUCAAACCAACCGCUUCAAAACCAUUUGUCCUUGGUUUGCCUACAGGAUCAUCGCCUGAAGGAAUCUAUGCUAGAUUAGUUGCUGCUUACAAACAAGGAAGAAUUAGUUUCAAGAAUGUCGUUACGUUCAACAUGGAUGAAUACCUAGGACUAGCCCCUGAAAACCCACAAUCGUAUCAUUACUUUAUGUUCGACAAGUUGUUCAAUCACAUUGACAUACCUAGAGAAAAUAUCAACAUUUUGAAUGGAUUGGCUAAAGAUGUAGAGAAGGAAUGUGCCGAUUAUGAAGGCAAGAUCAAAAAGUAUGAAAGAAUCAAUUUAUUCCUCGGAGGAUUAGGACCAGAGGGUCAUUUAGCUUUUAAUGAAGCUGGCUCUACCAGAGAUUCGAAAACAAGAAAAGUUGCACUAGUUGAAUCAACCAUCAAGGCUAAUUGCCGAUUCUUUGACAACGACGAAUCAAAAGUUCCCAAACAUGCUCUCAGUGUUGGUAUUUCAACUAUUUUGGAAAACUCUGAUGAAGUUGCAUUGAUUGUGUUGGGUGAGAACAAAAGGUUUGCUUUGGAUAAGACCAUCAAUGGGAAAAAGAAUGAUCCUAAGUAUCCAUCUAGCUAUCUACAAGAUCAUGAUAAUGUGCUAAUCGUAUGUGAUAAUGCUGCCGCUGGGUUGAAAUUUAAGUUGUAG